GAGUCAGUACGGAAUGGCCACACCCUGAGAGUCUUUCCAUCCUGCCAUGCCCAGGCUCCCUCCAUGUGCACAGCUGCCUCAGAGGAGGACACGCCAUGACCCCCACCCUCACAGCCCUGCUCUUCCUGGGGCUGAGUGUGGGGCCCAGGACCUGUGUGCAGGCAGGACUCCUUCCCAAGCCCAUCCUCUGGGCUGAUCCAGGCCCUGUGGUCCCCUGGGGGAGCCCUGUGACCCUCUGGUGUCAAUGGACUCUGGGAACACAGAGAUGCAGUCUCUAUAAAGAUGGAAGCUCAUAUCUCUGGAGCAUACCGAGGCCAUGGCAGCCCAGGAAGGUCAAGUUCUUUAUCACCAAUGUGCGAGAUCUCCAUGCAGGCAGAUACCUCUGUUACUGUGUUGGCCCUGCUGGCCUGUCAGAGCCCAGUGACUCCCGGGAGCUGGUGGUGGUUUCAGGAUUCUACAGCAAACCCUCCCUGUCAGCCCUGCCGAGCCCUGUGGUGACCCUAGGAAGGACAGUGACGCUCCAGUGUGCCUCAUGGCAGGGAUUUGACAGGAUGGCUCUGACUAAGCAAGGAGGAAACACGUCCCCCUGGACCCUGGACACUCAGCCACACCCCAGUGGGCAGGUACAGGCCCUGUUCCCUGUGGGCCCUGUGAACCCCAGCCACAGGGGGACCUUCAGAUGCCAUGGCUAUUACAGGAGCAGCCCCCAGGUGUGGUCACCCAAAAGUGAGCCCCUGCAUCUGCAGGUCCCAGCUCCUGCCCAAGGUUACCCAUGGGACAAAAACAUUCUGAUCGGCAUCUUGGUGGCCCUGGCCAUGCUGUUCUCCCUCCUUCUCCUCUUCUACCUCCUGAGACACAGUUGUCGGGGUGCACACAGGAAGGCCGAUGCUGCAGAGACACAGCCUGAGGAGGGGGUAGAGCUGGACCUUCUGGUUGCUGCCUCCACAGUCCUCCAGGACGUGACCCAGCUGACCCUCAGGCAAGGGGCGGCUCCCCCUUCCUCCUGGUGAGAGUAGCCCCCCAGGAGCCUAGCCUGUAUGCUGCUCUGACCACCCACUAGCCCAGGGGUCUGGUGCCAGGAGUCAUUUCUCU